AUGCUGAGGCAUACAUCGCCGUAUCCUGAGCCACCUCGGUUACCACUUACCACCGCAAACGAACCCUCCAACAAACAUUUCCACCUCGACCCCUCCAAACAGAACAAGCACCACAUCACAAGCGCGACUCUCUAUACACUACCAACAUUGGAAAAGACCACAAUGGCAGCCAACGCGACAGAAUUCCCCUACUCACUAACAAUAACCCUUCCCCUUCCCUCCUCACACCUCUCCUCCUCCGCCCUCCGCACCCUCGAAGUCGACACCGAACUAUCCCCCUUUGUCCAGCGGGACCUCGAACUCGUCGCUCCGUCCGCAUCGACCCCAGCCCCCGAAGCUGGAAAGAUGGAAAUCGAGGAGGGGGAGAAAUCGGUGCUGAAGACUACCUAUCGCGCGACGACAAAUCGGAUGCUACGCGUUGCGGUUAAUGGGUUUAUGGAGAGUUUGGGGGUUGUGCUUGGGGUUAUGCAGGAGUUGGAUGUGGAUGUUUUGGAGAUGGAUGGUGUGAAGGAGGACGAGUGA